UCUAUAUAUGAUUAUGUUUCAGUAUGAUGUCAUAAUUAAGUGAGUUGUUAAUACUGUACUAAUCUACAUAAUUCUCAUCUCUGUUAAUUCUGAAUUAGCUAAAAAUGACUACAAUGCAACCAUUAAGUGUAAGUGAAGACACUGAUUCAAGAGAAGUUGGCAAACUACUACCACUUAACUAUUUGGCUGAUAUUGACGAAUCAGUUUCCCAGGAGUCAAUACAAGUAAACUUAAAAAAGAACCGAGAAGCCAUUCUAAGAAGCCUUGAUCCAUUGUAUCCAUCGCUUUACGGACUGUUAGAUCACUAUGAACUUGCUGAAGAAUUUACGAGUGGUUCUGAGAAGAACCGUAGAAAAAUGGCCGAAAGACUUCUCAGCAAGAUCGAGCAAUCGGGUGAUUAUAGGCAGUUUUUGGACUACCUUGAAGAAGAUUAUGAUGAUGAACACACGGGACACACAUACAUUAUUUCAUUGCUCAAUGGAAAACAGUUCGGAAAAAUGGAGGUGGCAAAACACAUUGAAUCAGAGACAAUUUUGAAGAGUAUAACAAAAAAAGCUGGGUUUGUUAUAGAUCAAUUAGAUACGAAAGGUUUGUUGCCGUAUCUUAAAAGCAAUAAACUGGUCACCAGGAAUGAGGAGGAAGAGAUGUCAUUAGAGGGAAAGACUUGCAGGGAUAAAGCGACGCGACUUCUGGCACUUCUCAAAACUAAAGGCCCCACCGCUCAUCACAUUUUCCUGCACAAUUGUCUAGCUGAAAAAGACGCAAAUCAUUUUCACCUUUACACUUUGCUAACGGAAUCUAACUCAGCGAAUACCAGAAAGAGAAAAAUAUUAGACCUCAGUUUAAUAUCUGCUCCCCCUACAAAAGUGCCAAGGCCACUUGACCCUUUACAACUGCCUGAAGGUAUCGUGGCACAACGUUAUCUAAUAAAAAUAUCAGGUAUACGACGGAAUUACUCAAAUGCUGAACCAGACAUAUUAAAGACACAGUUAGAAAGUGAAGUGAAGUCAGCCGCUAAUCCAUUGGAGGCCAGGAUCGCAUUUUGCCUCGAAAUGUCCUACUUCUGUGCAGCUGACAUUAAACAAACAAAGCUUAUCGUUUUUAGAGCAAAGGAAAUGAUGAAAAAGCUUGAUGGGUGCAAUAAACAAGUUUUGGAAGUUCGAUAUAGGCUCAUACUAGGUCGUUGCUACAGAAUCUGCGGCAAAAACGAUAAAGCCAGGAAACAUCUCGAUAAUGCUUUUGCCAUUCUCUACGUUCAAAACAUUGAACGAGGGGAGGACGCAAUAUUGGCAAAUUAUUUCAAAGCAUGCAGUCUCAUGAAAAGUGUUGAUAAGGUGGACAUGGUUGUUAAAUGUCUGAAAAAUGCUAUUGAUAUUGCACAAAAACAAGACUAUGGGAUGGAUAUUGCUCACUUUUGCAAAAUUCGCUGCGCUCAAGUUUACAUUGGUGUAUCUGCUGACAAUCCAGUCUCGUACAAAGAGAUUAUCUCGCCAUCCAGUGUAAAAGACGCCAAGGGAUUAUUGAAAGAUUUAGAAGAUAAUCACUAUUCAGACAUGAACCCUGCAGCUAAGUGCUUUUAUCUGAUAGCCUGCUCUGAUGUAUAUCGGCUUGCUGGAAAUGUCGAUGAAGCGCGAGAAUAUGCAAAGCAAGCAGAAAACACAGCUAUGUCGAAGUAUCAUAUUUCAUUAGUAGAAAAACGACAAAUUCUUUUGCAGGAGAGCUAGAAUAGUUGAUAUUGAAUUCAUGGUAUAUUCAGUUGAUGUUUGUAUAUACAUGCAACAGCGUGCAAUGUGUUUCUUCUUCACCUUG